AUGGAAAAGCGCCACUUCGAUGUUCGCGACUUGUUUCCUCAGAGUGAGCCAAAUGCAUGCAGCGAGGAAGAUGAUGUUUAUGCAAAAAUAAGUAAAAGAAGAAAUAAAAGACAUGCUCGGGACGCAUUUCCCAUUUUCUCCACAGAAGAGAUGAAUACGCUUGCACACAUCGAUAUGGAGAGCACUCAGAUUCAAAGCGAUCAUUCACCAUCAAAAAUAACAUGGAAACAUUAUCGGAGCAUUGGUCUUAAAGAGCUCGAUUGCUAUGAAAUUGAAUCUUCCACAAAUGCAUGCGAUAAUAAAUGGAAGAUUAGCAUACUUACAGAUUUGAUUCAGAAGAACCGCCAGAAUGUAGAUGCCCGGAUCAAGCUUAGUAGACUUCUGCCAUGUGAUAAUGCAAAUAAAAUUCUGAUUGAUGCAAGAGACAUCAGAGAUGCUCGUCUUUGGACAGAGAUUAUAAAAAGGUGUUAUGUGCCUGAAUUACUUAACGAUGCAUUGAAUGUGAUGAAUGGGGAUGAACAAUUCUACAUGAUGCUAUUUGAAUGCGACAAAAGGAUAGAUGUUUUACAAGCAGGCGUUUUGAAGCAUCCUAAAUCAAUUUUACUGAGAAAAGCAAUGACUAAUGCAAUUAAUUGCAUAGAUCAGAAACAAUGCUUUCUGUAUGACUCUGUUAUUGACAUGGCUGAUGUAUACAUAGAAGCAGACAAUUCGAAAGAUUUAUCUACAGCUGAUAAUGUUUUGGAUAGCACGGCUAGUAAUGCUUCAAAUGAAUUUGCAAUGAUGUUUGUUGCUUCACAACCUGCCAUUCACAUGAUUAAGAGAUUGUACAAUCAACUUAAAUGUAAACAGAUAUAUUUGCAUGCAUUGAUGGUGCAUCUUUUGAUUAACGGUGAUGAUGAUGUACUGAAUGAUUUGUUUUGUCUUCAUUUGCACAAGAUAGUUUGUAUUUUGAAUGAUUGUAAGAUAAAAGUUGUAUUUCCUGUGGAAACCUUAAAUAAUACCGAUAUUAUAUUGUAUAUCAAGGGAGUUAAAGUGGAUCCUAUGUGUGUCAUGCCACAUGGGCUAAGAUGCUUGUUUGUAUCAAUUAGCAAGCAUGGGAUGCAUGAUGAUGAGAGCUUUGUUUUAUGCUAUGGAGUUAUUAAGCAAUGUGUACUUGAUGAGCAAUUUAUAGACGAGUUUUUUGUAAUGCAUAGACGAAGAUACUUUGUGGAUCUGAUGAAGGCGAAGGAGUACUGGAAGUUGUACACAAUGCAGAAUGAGCUGAAGUUUUUCAGAAAAGCAGACAAGAUUCUGAAAUGCGGAGUUAUGCAUUAUGGCAAGGAAAAGAAGCUGUUUGUGCUUGCAAGAUCGAAGAUGCAUUAUUUUGCAGGUGAUUUUGUUGGCAGUCUGAGCGCGAUUCCAAAGAAGAUGAAAACAAUCAGGAGGUAUGUUGUUCUAUCGCAGAUGAGUGUAAAAAUGGCAAUUUCUACAAUACGCAACGAUCUUCACGAGUAUAAGCACUACUUAUUGUAUGCAGAGCUAACGCGUAAUGCAGGUAUGGAUGCAUCUGAAGUGUAUGAAGAGUGUAUGAGAAAGUAUCCGAAUAAUGUAGAAGUGGCCGUUGGAUAUUUGAGAUACAUUAAGGUGGUUGAUGUGGAGAAAGCUGUGGAGCUAUCUAAUGAGAUGAUAAAGAAAUAUGCUUCAGACGAGAGGAUGUGGUACGAGAGAUUUGUGAUAUUUAGACAUAGUGGAAGGAUUGCACUUCCUGUUUUGUAUAACUCCAGAAAGCAUGUAAGGUCUGGGCUGAUUGAUUCAGAAAUCAAAUAUUAUGAAAACAAACAAGUGCCUGAAGGAAGUAAAUACUCUGGGUAUUAUGAAUACAAGAGGAUGAUAGACAUGGAAUGCAAUACUUUAGGUAUUUGUGAAGCGUGUAUACAACGAAUGAAGCAGUAUUACGCUCACAGAAUAGAGAAUGACUAUGAUGACGGAGACAGUUAUUUGCUGCUCUAUGGAGUGCUGAAGAGUGUGCCUGAGGAAGUGAUCAAGAUGGUGAAGUUUUUUGAUCCUAGGAAUGGGAUGUAUUGGGCCAGGGUUAGGAAUGUCGUUAGUGCAGCAGAGCGAUUGAAGCAAGGACUUGAAGUAAUGGAAUUUGAUAUGAUUAGACGAAGUAAGGUCAAUUGA